UAUUUCCUGAAUAAACAAAUAAAUCUAGAAAGAUUCAACCAGACUGGGCCAGGCCUAGCCCAAUCUCCAUUGAUAUCUCCUUACUCCUCAGUCUCUCUCCCACUUGCCUGGCUCCAUCUCUGUAAUCAAAAUCACAAAUAGACAGCCGACAAAUCACCAGCCACACACACACAGUUCUUCUUUUCCGGCCUUAUCUCUUCAGUAAUCACCACCACCACAAAAGAGAAAAAAGGUAGAAAAAGGGAUCUUUCUUAACAGAAGCUAUGGUGUCCAGAAUUUCCAGCCUCCAUCUCCAUUACUCCCAUCCCCACCAUUCUUCUUCCUCUUCUCCUCCAACCACAAGAUCCCUUCUUCAAACCAACUCAACCACCAAGCUUAAUUUCCCAAUCAGAACAAAACCCAACAGACUGAAAACCUUCCUUCCUCUCCUUCCAUUCAUCCCACAACAAUGCUCCAAACCCACUCCUCCUAUGGCAACACCAAACCCGGGUCAACCCGCCAACCCGGAUCCGGCCCUCAUCAACGAGGAUCUCAAACCGACCGAACCGGGCCAACGAACCUUCACCGGGUGGGAGAUGGCCAGUCUCUGGGUCGGCCUGGUGGUCGGCGUCCCAACCUACUAUCUGGCCGGAAGCCUGGUCGACUUGGGGAUGGCAUGGUGGCAGGGGAUCGCCACGGUUGUCCUAGCCAACGUGAUCCUCCUUUUCCCGUUGAUUCUCACGGGUGACCCGGGAACCCGGUACGGGAUCUCGUUCCCGGUUCUGGCCCGGUCCUCGUUCGGGGUUCGGGGCGCCCACGUCCCGACCCUGCUCCGCGCCCUGGUCGGGUGCGGGUGGUACGGGAUCGAGACGUGGAUUGGCGGGGAGGCGAUCUUCAUCCUCCUGCCCCACGCCAUCAAGCGGUCGUCCUGGUCCAGAGCCUGGCCCUGGCUCGGGACCAGCCCGCUGGAGUUCGUGUGUUUCAUAGCGUUCUGGGUAGCUCAGUUGAUUAUAGCGUUGAGGGGUAUGGACGGGAUCCGCCAGCUGGAGAAGUACUCCGCCCCGGUUCUGAUCCUCCUCACCUCGGCCCUCUUCGUCUGGGCCUACGUCCAGGCGGGAGGGUUGGGCCAUAUGUUGUCGAUGUCCUCGAAGCUGACCGGUCCGCAAUUUUGGGCUCUGUUCUUCCCUUCUCUGACCGCCAACAUUAGUUUUUGGGCCACUUUGGCUCUUAACAUCCCGGAUUUCACCCGGUUUGCUAAGAGUCGGACCGAUCAAGUUACUGGUCAAUUGGGUCUUCCCAUUUUCAUGGGGUUGUUUACUUUUGUUGGAUUGGCGGUUACUUCGUCAACCAAGGUGAUAUAUGGGAGAGUGAUUUCGAACCCAAUUGAACUUCUGGAGCAAAUUGGUGGGAUAUGGACCAUGGUUUUGGCUAUAAUUGGAAUCAGCUUGGCUACUAUCACGACCAACAUUGCUGCCAACGUCGUGGCUCCGGCGAAUGCCCUAGUCAACUUGAGCCCCUCCACAUUUACCUUCAGGAGGGGAGCCCUGCUGACUGCUCUGUUGGGAAUCCUGUUCCAGCCAUGGCGGCUCCUGAAAUCGAGCGAGAGCUUCGUGUACACGUGGCUGGUCGGGUACUCGGCGUUGAUGGGUCCAAUCGGAGGGAUUCUGCUGUCCGACUAUUACCUCAUUCGCCGGAUGAAACUGAACGUGAGUGAUCUGUACACGUCGAGCCCCUCCGGCGAGUAUUUCUACACCGGAGGGUACAAUUUGGCGGCAAUGGCAGCUCUGGUCGUCGGGAUCCUGCCCGUGGUACCGGGGUUCUUGCAGAAAGUUGGGAUUUUCCCGGGAGCUCCGGGAGUGUUUGUGGGGAUUUACAACAAUGCUUGGUUUUUCAGUUUCUUCUUGAGUGGGUUCCUCUACUGGAUCCUUUCGGUUUGGUUGGGGAAGCGCCGGGGGUAUUGCACCGGCGGCGGUCCUCUGCUUGCCGGAGAAACAUAAGAUUGGCUUUUUGUAUUUACAGUCAUUUAAAAGAGUUAAAUGAUGUUUUUAAGUGCAUAGUUCUGUAUACUGUUCAAUCCUCCCCUGCUGUAAAUUGUACUAAAUUUUUACACUAUACAGAAAAGGUAUAGAUAAGUAUAUCAACGAAUUUCUAGUUUAA